UUGACUCUCUAUCUGACAUGCAAAUGAACCUUGCUUAGAGAAGCCUCUGAAAUUGAAGUUUGGCGCCGAAAAAGAGAUGGGUUGAAAGAGGAGGAGUUGAGGUAUACAUGGAGGCUUCUAAGAGAAGCCCAGUAAUGGGCUGGUAGCUGGCGAUGUCAAGUUCCUCGAGAAAGCUGAUGAGCAGUGCAUUUGAUGGAGAAGAACCAUUUUGCUUCUCUGCCAAGCAUAUUACAAUCGCAAGAUUCACAAUGGAUUCCAAAAGAAAACCCUCUUCUUUCAUCCCUCGAAUCUUCUUUGCUUCACCUCUGAGUAAUCUUCUCCUCCUAUUUUCUCCAUUACAUACAUGCAUAUAUAUGUGUGUCAAUGUAUGGAGCUGCAACUCAACCUUUCAGAAUAAUUAGUAUUCGAAUUGGGAUUGCGUUGAAGCUCAAGAAUGGAGAUAAAGCAGAAAGAAAUCAUCCGAUUGGAGAAGGAAGCUGUAAUUCCAAUUCUCAAAUCACAGCUUAUCUUGAACUUGACGGGUUUCAUUGCCGAUCCUUCUGAGCGGGCUGAGUUUCUAAAGCUCUGCAAGAGAAUUGAGUACACAAUUCGAGCUUGGUACCAUCUACAGUUUGAAGAUUUGAUGCAUUUUUAUUCCCUCUUUGACCCUGAGAGUGGGGCUCAGAAGUUGGAGCAGCAAAACUUAUCUCCUCAAGAAAUUGAUAAAUUUGAACAGAAUUUUCUAACUUGCUUCUUUCAGGUGAUGGAUAAGAGCAACUUCAAAAUAGCAACUGAUGAGGAGAUUGAUGUUGCACUAUCAGGGCAGUAUCUUUUAAAUCUUCCAAUCACAGUAGAUGAUUCUAAGCUUGACAAGGAACUUCUGAAAAGGUACUUUGCUGAGAACCAUCAUGUAAAGCUUCCUGCAUUUGCUGAUAAGUAUAUUAUAUUUCGACGAGGGAUCGGAAUUGAUCAUACAACUGAUUAUUUCAUCUUGGAGAAAGUGGACAUUCUCAUUGCACGUUUUUGGGCAUUUCUUUUAAGACUGAUGCGCAGGCUAGAAGAAAUGUUGACCAGAAGGUCAAGCAGACAGCAAAAGAAACAUGUAAAGAAGAAUAAUGAAAUUACCACUCUAGCAGAUCAGGAUUUUGAACUUGUUGAACGAAUUUGUCUAGAAAAUAUGGAAAUAAGUAUUGGCAAUUUGCUGAGCAAGACUACAAUACAAGAGCCUACAUUUGAAAGGAUAAUAGUAGUUUACAGGAAAACAAGUACGAAAACAAAAAAGGACCGGGGAAUCUAUGUGAAGCAUUUCCAGAAAAUUCCAAUGGCUGAUAUGGAAAUAGUUCUUCCUGAAAAGAAGAAUCCUGGGUUAACUCCAGUCGACUGGGUUUGGUUCCUGGGUUCUGCUAUAAUUGGACUGGUUGCUGUUAUGAGCUCACUUAAAAUGCCAAUGGCUGAUCUUUGGGUCACUUUUGCUGUUAUUUCUACAAUUAUCGGUUACUUUGCUAAGAUAUACAUCAUGUAUCAGCAGAGCUUGGCUACAUAUCAGAAAUUAAUUACACAGCUCAUGUACGACAAACAACUAGAUAGUGGAAGGGGUACACUUCUUCACCUGUGUGACAGUGUCAUUCAACAGGAAGUCAAAGAAGUUAUCAUUUCAUUCUUUAUAUUGAUGAAACAGGGCAAAGCCACAAGGCAGGAUUUGGAUAAGCGAUGUGAACAACUAAUCAAAGAAGUUUUCGACGAGAGCUGCAAUUUUGAUGUUGAUGAUGCAGUCCAAAAAUUAGAGAGGUUGGGUAUUAUUACACGGGAUGAUCUUGGACAGUAUAGUUCUGUUGAUAUGAAACGUGCUAAUGAAAUUAUUGGCACCACCACUGAAGAGGUUGUCCUCAAUGUGAAACAACAGGGCAAUGGCAAGCCUUGAUGUUGGCACCACCACUUCUUUCUGCGUUGUUCUAUACUUCUCUGUUAAUAUAUGUUCAUCCUGAAAGCUUGAUAAAUGCUAUUGGCACAUACAAUCAGUUAAUUGUUAUCCUAAUACUUGCUAAAUUGAGUUAACUUGCAAAACUCAAGCGUUGCAUCCCUUCCUGGCUGCUAAAUGAAGAAAUUUUCUCUUCCCUUCCUA